AAGUGGUCAAUUCCUAAUUAGUCUCUAAUUAGUCUUCUUCUUCAUCCGUUCUUCUCUGCUUCUUUCCUUCUCCCAACAAAACCUUUUACAUGUCUCUGUUUUUCCCCAGUACAACACGACCCAUUGGAGCCCUUACCAAUAAGCCUCAGUCCAGUAGUCCACCACCCAUCUUCAGCUUCUCUGCCCUAAAAAAACACAGGAGCUCUUGAUUUCAGAAACCUAAACUUGCAGCAUGAACAAAAAGUUUCAAAGGAGACAAAAGGACUAAUACAAGUUACUACAUAGCAGCGAAAUUGAAGGUAUUUCGUUUCCCAUCUCUUCAAAUCUUUACUUAGGGAAAUCAAUUCUCACAAUUGCCGUGUCCGAGCAACUUAGGUUUUGCCUCAUUCAGGGCUUCCACUAAGAUUUGUCUCUGAUUUUUAAUUUCCAGUAUAGAGAUCAUUGUUUUGUAGGUGGUCUUUACACUGUAUAAUCUGCAGCUCCCCCACAUGGAUGAUCAUCAGGAAAUGGAAAGGUUUGGGGUGGAGAACGAUUUUGAAGAUGGUCAGUGGAUCGGUGGUGAGUUCUACUACCGGAAGCGCAAAGAAAAGAAGCAUGUUCAAACCAAGGAUGAUGUCCUCUAUGGUGUUUUUGCUUCCGACGAUAGUGACUCUGACUACCAGGGAUCCUCCAAGAAGCGGAAAAAAUGCCUUUCCACCAAGGCUGACCUCACCAAACCUGUCAACUUUGUUUCAACUGGAACUGUCAUGCCCGACCAAGAAAUAGAUCGCAAUUUCAAAGAGGAGAAAAUGUCCGAAGCGAGCAAAGGUUUGGGAUCUGGAGCAUCUGUUGGCCUUGGAUUUGGUACUAGUUCCUCGAAGAAUAUUGCUGCUGAUGAAUACACCAAAACACAGGCCCAGGUUGAAAUUGAAGAGGAAAACUUUCUGCCCACUGCUUUUGGGAGGAAGAUUAAAGAAGGUGCCCUAAGACGUGAGAAGGAAAGGGAAAAGGAGAAGUCUAUGUUGGCCAAGAAAUCUUCUGAAUCAGGGAGAAGGGAACCUGGUGGCGAUGUUGGUGGCUUUGAGAAGCAUACCAAGGGGAUUGGGAUGAAGUUGCUUGAGAAGAUGGGUUAUAAGGGAGGUGGUUUGGGAAAAAAUGAGCAGGGAAUUUUGGCUCCGGUCGAGGCAAAGCUUAGGCCCAAGAAUAUGGGAAUGGGCUUCAACGACUAUAAGGAGACUAGUGCACCAACUCUUCAAGAAUCAGAGGGAAAGCCUGUUGCUCGUCCUGCUCAACCUGUGGAAGGCCACUCAAAAGAGAAGCUUUGGUCAAAGCAAGCUAAAAAACUGAAGAAGGUUUACAUUACAGCUGAAGAGUUGUUAGCCAAAAAGCAGGAGCUGGGCCUGGAAGUUGUUCAGAAGGUCUUUGAUAUGAGGGGUCCACAGGUUCGAGUCUUGGCGAAUCUGGAGAACUUGAACGCCGAAGAUAAAGCAAGGGAAAAUGAUGUUCCAAUGCCUGAACUUCAGCAUAAUAUUAGGUUGAUUGUGGAUUUGGCGGAACUUGACAUACAGAAAAUUGACAGUGAUUUAAGAAAUGAGAGAGAAACAGUUGUUGCUUUGCAGAAGGAGAAGGAGAAGUUCCAAGCUGAGGCAGCUCGCCAGAAAAGGCAGCUUGAUAAUAUGGAAGAGAUUGUCAGUGUAUUGGACCGGAUUGGGCAAGAGAGCUCAUCUGGUACUCUGACCCUAGACUCCCUUGCAGCAGCAUUUGCAGAAUUGCAGCAGCAGUAUUCUGAGGAAUAUAAACUCUGCAACUUGUCAAGCAUAGCAUGCUCAUAUGCUCAGCCUUUAUUUAUACGUGUUUUUCAAGGAUGGGAUCCACUUCAAACUCCAACACAUGGAAUGGAGGUGGUUUCCAGAUGGAAGUAUCUUUUGCAAGGGGAUGACAUUUUUACUAUCUCUGAUGCUGCAUCUCCUUAUACUCAAAUAUUCAUGGAAGUUGUUUUCCCUGCCAUUAGAAUAUCCGGCACCAAUACCUGGCAGGCAAGGGACCCUGAACCAAUGCUUCGGUUUUUGGAGUCCUGGGAGAAGCUGUUGCCUCGUGCAGUUCUUCAGACAAUACUGGAAAACAUUGUCUUGCCCAAGUUAUCAGCUGCUGUGGACUCCUGGGAUCCACGUCGAGAAACAAUUCCAAUCCAUUCCUGGGUUCAUCCAUGGCUGCCCUUAUUGGGUCAAAGGUUGGAAAGCUGCUAUCACACUAUACGUAACAGAUUGGAAAGUGUACUGCAUGCGUGGCACCCAAGUGAUAUGUCUGCGUACUACAUAUUGUCUCCUUGGAAGACUGUGUUUGAUACAAUUAACUGGGAAAAACUGAUGGUCAGGUUUAUUGUUCCAAAGUUGUUAAAUGUAAUGCAUGAAUUCCAAAUAAAUCCAGCAAAUCAGAACCUUGAUCAGUUCUAUUGGGUCCGUACUUGGGCUACUGCUAUUCCCAUCCAUCACAUGCUUCCAAUACUGGAUAUAUUCUUCAACAAGUGGGAAGUAGUUUUGUACCACUGGUUAUGCUCAAAAAACCCGAACUUUGAAGAAGUGACAAAAUGGUAUUUGGGUUGGAAGGAACUUAUUCCACCUGAACUUCUGGCAAAUGAACACGUUCGCUAUCGACUUAAUGUCGGUCUAGACAUGAUGAACCAGGCUGUUGAAGGCUCAGAGGUGGCUGAACCUGGUUUGAGGGAGAACAUAAGUUAUCUUAGGGUUCUUGAACAAAGGCAGUUUGAGACUCAGAAAAAAGCAGCAGCGCAAUCUCAAUCCCGUCCUUCUGUGGGCUUGAACAGUGGAAUCCAAAUGGACGGUACAGGUGGCGGGGAUGAGAUGAAUUUGAAAAGAGUUAUUGAAGUUUAUGCACAACAGAAUGAUUUGUUGUUUCAGCUUAAGCCCGGGCGAAUGCAAGAUGGUCAUCAGAUAUAUGGUUUUGGUAAAAUCAGCAUUAUUAUAGAUUCUCUCAAUCAGAAGGUAUUUGCACAAGUAGAGGACAGGUGGUCUUUGGUGUCACUUGAGCAACUGUUGGACCUGCAAAAGUUAAAGAGCCGAUAAGCAUCUUAAGUUCUUGAAUUUCUCAGUACGAAAGCAACUCCAAGUUUUCUUAAACUAAUGUGUAGGCUUCACGUACCUUUCUGCACUGAGAUCUUUCAUUGUGCUGCAGCAAGUCAUGAGAAGAUGAAGUGCUUCUUUUCUCCCUAGUGGCAUUUUACUGCUUCUUUAGUGAGAUUUUAAGUUGUAAGUUUCCGUCGUCCUACAUUGGCAUUUGGCAAAAUCACUAGAAAUGAGAGAGACGUGAGUGUCAGUCUUUCUGGCUCAGAUAGCAGCCCUUCAAUUUUUUUACAUAGAUUUCAUAUUGUAUUUCUUCGUGAGUUUCUUUAUAUAGAAGCACUAGAUGUUCAAUAUCUAUUUAAUUAUAUAAAUGUUAAUCCUAACUUAUAUUUUCCUAUUUUUAUAUAGAAGCACUAGAUGUUCAAUAUGUA